GAUUGUCAGGGCCCUAGGGCUGUUGUUGUGGCAGCCUCCCCUCCGAAAUUCAGACCUGCCUCUUGGUCUUGGGUUUUGCUGCGUCUUUGUUCGGUUUUUUGCUUUCUCUGAUGUUUUCCAUGGCUUCCCGCACCCUGGUGUGGGACUGGUGGGCUGUUAGGGCCCCUUCUGCUUUGCUCCAGCGGCUGCGUUGCUGCGGGCGAAGGCCGCGUUUCUGCUCAGCCCUGUUCUGGAGCAGGGCAGUAUGACAUUUUUGCCCAUCGGCAAUAUGGGCGCGAUGUCUUAUUUCCUCUGCAUGCCAUGUGGCUUCUCAAAUCAGCAGCGAGGCCUGUGCUUUCAUGUUUGAUGCUUCAUUUGGCAAGAGGCACAUUAUAUUUCAAUAUGUAUUUUACGAGGGGCUCAGCCUCUUUGUUUUUCAUGCUUGUGUUUGUAAAACUAAAUGUUAGUUUUAAGGUACAGCUGACGGGCUAACGGUGCUGAAGCACAGCUGAGUUUGAGUCAUGUUGGGAAAGAUCUUUAUCCCCCUCACUUCCAUGCUCCUCCAUAACCUCAAGACUAGGAUGAAAAGUAGCAGCAGUCUCCUUGGAUUGCAGCACACACACUACAUCCAGGCUGUGUGGAGAAAUAGACCUGAUUCAAAUUAACAGGGAGACUAUAAUAUCCCCUGGCUUGAUCAGUAGCCGCUAUUAGUAUAGGAAAUUGCAAACUUUUCUCUUCCCUCAUCUGUACAGGCAACAGGUUCACUCCGUAGAGAUCUUGUUCUAAAAUGAUUGACUUUUGUUAGCGCAUGAACUUUCCUUGUUAGACUGGGAAUUACUUCCACUUCUUGGUUGACAUGGGGGGUUGGGAGAGGAAUGAAGGACAUGACAAGUGCCUAAAUACAGGGAAGUAAAUGUUGUUUCUGUUGCUUCAAGUUCACAUUGCUGUUUACCUUCAUAGAUUUUGCUGCAUUUUUGCAAGACAGCACUUGUUACUCAUAGUGAGUGUGAAGUAUGUAUUACACCCAGAGGGAGAAUUUCAGGCUGUUCAGAACAAUGUUAGGUAGAAGUAAUCAGAGCCUUAAUGUUUUAAUGUUCAGAUUUCAGGAAUGAGUAGCCAAAAAGUUGGCUGUACACAACAUAUCUAUCUUGUUUAAGAAGUAAGAUAACUUUUAACAUGAUAUGGCAAUCAUUUUUUUUUUUAAAUGUGGGUGACUAGAGUUAGCGCUGCACUUUCAGAUUUAAACAGCUAAGCAAAUGUCCUGAUUUAUGGAGCAGCUACAGCUCCCACUGACUUAAUGAGACUGUUAACAAAAAUAAGCAUUUUUUAUUUGAAAUCACCACUUUGGGCCCUUGCUUUGUAAUUUAAUUGUGUACAAGAUCUCUUUUUCAGUGUGGUACUUUCGUCUCUCUUUCUGAUGUCAACCUCUGGAGUACAUGAACACUCUCCUGACAACUAAAUUAGAUUUGUAUGAUGACACCCCUAGUUGACAAAGAAUCUUUACUUUUCUUCCUUUCACCUGGUAAAGGAAACUACUUUGAGCCAAAAUUACUUAGCAAGGCCCGGCCUGCUCCUUCCCUUAGGUUUCCCUUAUGCGGCUAUAUAAACCUCAGUUCUCUCAGUGACUGAUCUAGCACAAACUAGGCAGCAUUUUACAGGCUGAUGUCAUGUGCUUCCUAAGAAAUAGUGCACAAGCAGUUUGGGAGACGGGGAUUUCCUGAGAGUUUGGCUUUGGGAAGUCUUGCAUUUUGACGGGAGGGCUAAAAGAGGGGAGCAUUUAAAACGGGGUGGAAAAGAGGAAAGGAAAUUUCACAGAAGCCAACAUCUACUCUGUAGCAUUUCUAAGCUCUGCUAAAUCAAAGAACUCUACAAAAAUGUAUAUAUCCAGAUACAAAGCAUCUUUGAUGUACAGGAACUUUUGAUGUCAAGCCCAAAAAUAAUAUAGGGUCAUAUCAGCUAGAAAGGGAAACAUCCUAUUGGAUUUCUUUUCAAUAUGGUUCUUUUGAGCAAUCUUUGACCCACUAGACCUUUUAUGUACUCUGUGGGAAGUGUAAGUACAGCCUGUUUCCUUCUAACUCUCAUAUGGCAGGCUUUUUCUCAAAAGAAGUAUCUAAAAAGAUACUUUGCGUUUAGUUUAGUUUAGUUUAGUUUAGUUUAGUUUAGUUUAGUAGCUCAGUUGAGAAGUAUUACUUUUAGGGGUGCUUUCUAUGUGUGGUGAUUAGAAGCAGUGCUUUUAGAGACAGUGACUUAAGUUUUCCUGAUUUUCAGCAGAAAAUAUUUUAAUUAAAUAUUGUGUUUACUUGGUGUACAAGAUGAAUAUGUGUAAAUCGUGGCGGAUGGCAUUCACAUAUCUAUGAAAUAUUUUCAUGUUGUAUAGUAACACUCAUUGAAGAACAGGGAUACAAUGGAUUACAGAGACUUUCACUCCUCUGCAGUUGGUUCACGUAAAGGCCAUUUGGGAGAGAGCAAAGGGAAGUGGUUGCUGUGGUGCUCCUCAGAGACAAAGUUGAGAUGUUGGUGAGGUGUAGCAAUGUGAAUGGUACCUGUUCUGUCAAGUUCAGAUUUACUGGACUUGUAAUUUAGUACUCCUCAAAAAUGCUAUAGUCAUUUAAUUUUUAUAUUGGGGUCUAGGAUUAUCCCUGUUUUUUUUCCUGUUGUGAUUUCUAAUUUUUACAUCUCUUUUACUCACAAAGUUUCUUACAACUAGCAGUUACUCCCAGCUGUAGUAUAGACUUUUAAAAAUAGAACAGCGUUUUAUUUUCUUUGUGCUUUGAAGAAAGAGCAUUUAAAUACAUAUUCAUCAGAGAAUAGAUGACUAACUGUUUUCUUAUGUAGAAUAGUCCAUUUUCCCUUAAUGUGUUUUUCAGUAUGGUUUUUUUUAUUGAUCUGUUAGUAAGAAGUUUUUUAAGCUGAGUAAAACUGACCUUAUUCUAGUUAACCAUUAUCUCUUCUUUUUUUUUUUCAAACAGCAAACCACACUAAUAGUUACUAAAAUAAUCUAAAAUAAUACCACUUUUUACUAUUUUAGGGACAGGAAUUCAAGAAUUUUUCUCCAAGAUAAGUUGCUGCUGCUACAGCCUUCCUACUUAGUGUGCUGUUGAAGAUCUCACUUGAAGUGUUCUUCUGAAGAAACCAACAAGGAUAGGAGUACUUUUAAAAAAAAAAAAAAUGUUUAAAAUACAACAGUGUGUAACAGCUAACAGGAUACCCAGGAAAAGACCAUAUAUGUGUGAUCUCUGCUACAAACAGUUUGAAACGCCUUCCAAAUUAGCUAGGCAUUAUCUUAUACACACUGGUCAAAAGCCAUUUGAAUGUCAUGUGUGUCAUAAAACUUUUCGGCAGCUAGUCCAUCUGGAGAGACACCAGCUAACCCAUAAACUGCCUUUCAAAUGUAAUAUUUGUCGUAGAAACUUCAAGAACUUGAUCAUGUUUUUAAAGCAUCAGCAGCUUCAUAAUGAAAACUACCAGAGUAAUAUUAAGCAAGCAAAAAAACCAGUGGAUACCAAGCAAGAUAGGCUGGUGUACGGGAAGUUUAGAUGUUCCAUUUGCCAAAAAUUGUUUACAACAGAAGAGAGGUGGAUGCUGCAUCAGUGCACGAAAUCAGAUCAUCUGCAUAGUGCCAGAAGGAGAAGAAAAACCCAUAUGUGUGAAACCUGUAACAAGAUGUUUCCAUCACGAUCUAAGCUAGAAAGACACUUGCUUAUUCACACUGGCCAAAAACCUUUUACGUGCUCCUUGUGUGGUAAAUCUUUCAGACAGUCAUCCCAUCUGAAAAUCCAUCAGCUCACACACACAGAAGAGAGGCCUUUUCAGUGCUGUUUUUGUCAGAAGGGGUUUAAGAUACAGAGCAAACUCCUGAAGCACAAGGAACUCCAUGCCAGAAAUAAGACUUUUUCUAGUAUCCUAUAUAAAGCAAAGAGUCCUAAAUACCCCAGGCUACAGAACCUGCUGGAAAGGAAAAAGGAUACUGUUGAGAAUGUUAAUGCUGAUGAGUCCCAGGAGACUGACCCGCUAGAUGUUUACUCUAUUUAUAUCGUACCUUUUCAGUGCCCUGUGUGUGAGCAGUGUUUUGAAACAGAGCACAUUCUAAAUUUGCACAAAUGCUUUUACCCCAAAGAUGGCAGGAAUUCAAACAGUGGCAUGGGAGCCUACAACCAUAGAACUAGCAUUAAAAGUAAAAUCCUGAUGAAGCUUAAGUGUACUGGAGAAAAGGCACUGGAUUCUUCUCUGUCUGACAGAAAAAGAAUGAAAACAAGUCACUUUAAAAGUCAUGACCUGGUUGCUGCAAACGAACAGCGUUCUGAUCGGAAUGCUUCUAAAGCUUUUAGGAACUACCACAGCAAGCUUGUCAUGCAUAAGACAAUUAGCAAUAAAAAGAAAAGAACAUUUACUGUGCCAUUACCCUGGCAAGAACACCUGCAAACCCACAAAUUAGGAAUUAAUUUAAAAGGUAUGCUUACUGGCAAAAGCAUGUUAAACAUGGAUGAAUCGGUGCAUAAUAAAGAUGAUUCUUUUUAUGGUUCAUCAGAUGAUGGUUUCUUUGAUAAUCCAGAAGUACUUCACUGUGCUUUUUCAGCUCCCACUGAAAAUAUCCAUAAUAGACACAAAGUGUGUAAAUGUGACAGAUGUGAAAAAAUCUUUCCUUCUUCAUCCAAACUUCAAAGACAUUAUCUGAUUCACACGGGACAGAAGCCCUUUGCCUGUAAUGUUUGUGGGAAGACAUUUAGACAGUCAGCUCACUUAAAAAGACAUCAGCUCACCCAUACUGAAAAGAGACCAUAUAAAAGCCCUGCUUGCCAGGUGGGAUUUGAAAAUCUGAACAAACUUUUCAAUCGUCAGGGAGAUCACAUCGAAUUUAAGUCUUCUCAGCCGGUGGGUUAUUUCCAAAAACCUUCACAGGUAUCUGGCUUUCAAGAAUUUGAGCUGAUACAGCCAAACCAAGCAGCUGAAAUCAAAGUUGAGAUAGAGUCUGGGGACUUCGUUCUUGACACCAGCAGUAGAAACACACAGCCAUAUUUGUGUAGCAAAUCAGUAGAAACAGAGGAAAGCCAUUAUAGUCAUUGGUAUGAUUUUUCUGGGAGUACAGAAGAAAGAGAAGUCGUUAAGAUGUAUCAAUGCAGUGUCUGCUUUAAAACUUCUAAAUCACCUUCAAAACUUGAAAGACACUAUUUAAUGCAUGCUGGAUAGAAGCCAUCUGAAUGUUCAGUUUGUGGUAAAACUUUCAGACAGGCCCCGCAUUUGAAAAGGCAUCACCUUACUCACUUUACAAAGAGAUCAUAAAGAUGGAAUGUUGACCAGAGCUCCACUGAGUGGAAUAACAACUGCCAUGGGAUAUUUUGUGUUGAAUAGAAAGGGAUGGUGUCUGAUGAAAUUACAUUGCUAAAGUAUGAAGUGUCUUGAUUACAUAAUUAUUAAAAGUCUGAAAUUAGGUUGAAUAUUUUAUGGAAGGAGGCUACUACUUAUGGCUAUGAUCUCAUGAAAGGUUAAUUUACUUAUGUUUAGGCUGUCCAUUGAGUAUAUUCAGUGAUGAAAAUGAGCUGAUUGUAGAAGAUUCUAGUGGUUUUAAAAAGAAGUUUAUAAAUACACAUGGCUAUUGCAUUGACCGUAUUACAGCAAAUUUGUAGUGCAGUAUAAAUCACAAGUGUUAAAGGUUGUGCCUCUUCCCAUAUCUAGUCUUAGUAUUUCAUGACAAUAUGCUGUCUGACUAAACCUAACAAAAAGCAAAGGCCAAAAGGCUGUCCUCAGAAUAUAUAUAAAAAGGCCCCCUUUCAUUUGGUGUUUCUAUCUCCAUGUAUAUUGCAAACAUAGGAUGCAUGCUGCGCCUGAUUUGGUGCCUUAUUUUCAUGUUCUUGUUUCUUCUACAGACAAGGUGAUGCCAGAAGAGGCAGGCAAGCACUAGAUAAAGCAGAAGUAGAGAGAGAAAUUAUUUUUACAUUAGUAAUAUAAGGUUAAUGGAGAAAAAUGCUAUUUACUUUAUUUGUGAAGUGCUUUGAAAUCUGUGGAUGGAGAGCAGUAUAUAAAAUCUAGAUUUCUUAUUUAUUAUAUUAUUAAACAAAUAUACAUUAAAAUUGCAAUGUUUGUUGGAGUCUAUUCAACCUUGUACAACGUUUCUGGGGUCACCUGACCCCAGUUGUCUUUCGCGGUUGGUGCAGGGGGGCGGGACUUUUAUCUUCCAAGGUCCCUUCCAGCCUCACAAUCUAUGAACCUAUGAAAGUUCAUUUGCUUCCAACUGGCCUUCUGGUCAUUCCACGUAAUACUCAAGUAUUUUUCAAGGGAAGUGGAUAACUUAAGCUCCCAGUUUUAUUCAGGUUGCAAUGUUCUUUUUAGUUUUUCUCUCCAUUUUUAUACCCUAUAGUCUUUGCUCUGUCAAAAGGCUGAAAUUGUGGGGAAUGGCCUCUUUGUUUCCCAGUGAUACUACAGUACAAAUUAAGGAAAUAUUCCUUAUGGUGGGAUAAGAUGAUAAGUGACGAACAACAUUAUCAGGAAGUUGCAUCCCUUUAUAUGGGACUGCAAGGGACAGCUAAUCCAACUCAAGUAGGUCCAUUUUUGCAUUAAUAAAACCUGCAGAUGCAGUCUGAAAUUUCUGACUCCUAUGCCCAUUGUGCUUGUAGAAUGGAUGAAAAAUUGAUGCAUUGUUUAAGCAGACUAAGGAAACUUUAUUUAGCAUAAGUAAAAAUAAAGUUAGGAUUUGUUCUUCCUCUAAAAAAAGUUGCCUUCUGCUAUGUUUUUAUUUGCUUAUGUGACUUUUGAAGUUGAAAUGUAAAGUUUCCAACUAUAUCCUAACUAACACAAAAAUUAUAUGAUUAAACCUGUUUAAAUCAAUCCAGAAUUAUUAUUUUUUAAAUCUUUGGACUGAUUUUUUGCAGUCUAUCAAGUAGCUAACAUAUAUUGCAGUGGUAUAAGCUGUGUUUGGUAUGACUGAAGUGAGGUUUGUUUGUUUUUUUUGUCCCCAUUCUGAAAUGAUCUCCCAGUUUGGGAGAGAAUAAAAUUAAGAAGACAAUCUGAAACAGUUACUUGCUGGUAUUUUUAUAUAAGAGUGUUCCAUUAACUCUAAGAAUCACUAUUGGUUAUAUAUUUAAAUUCUUUCUCCAUGUUCUUUUUAUAUUGUUUUGUUGGAAUACAAUAUUAUAUCAAAUGUUUUGAAGGUUUGCUGUAGAGCUCUUUUGAAGUAUGUACAAUAAACCAUUUACUUAUAUUGUA